AAAGUUGUUGCUGUUGAUGCAGAGCUGAAUGUGUUCUAUGAGGACAGUGUGAAUUUUGACAGAGACCUUCUAGAAUUUGGGACUCAGGGUGGAGUUCAUGUUCACGAAGACGGGCUGACAGUGACCUCUCCAGUCCUGAUGUGGGUCCAGGCUCUGGAUAUCAUCUUGGAGAGGAUGAAGGCUUCGGGCUUCGACUUCUCUCAAGUCCUCGCCCUGUCUGGGGCGGGCCAGCAACAUGGAAGUGUAUACUGGAAGGCUGGGGCCAGCCGGGUGCUGACAAGCCUGUCACCAGACCUCCUAUUACAUAAGCAGCUACAGGCCUGUUUCUCCAUCAGGGACAGCCCGGUGUGGAUGGACUCCAGCACCACAGCCCAAUGCCGUGGGCUGGAGGCCGCUGUGGGCGGGGCCCAGGCUCUCAGCUGCCUCACUGGCUCCCGUGCCUAUGAGCGUUUUACAGGAAACCAAAUUGCAAAGAUUUACCAGCAGAAUCCCGAGGCCUACUCACAGACAGAGAGAAUUUCUUUGGUCAGUAGUUUUGCUGCUUCCCUCUUCCUUGGGUCUUAUGCCCCUAUCGACUACAGUGAUGCAUCGCUGGCAGGCAUGAGGCUGGAGGAGGGUGACAUUGCGGUCAGCCUGGGCACCAGCGACACCCUAUUUCUCUGGCUCCAGGAGCCCAUGCCCACCCUGGAAGGGCACGUCUUCUGCAACCCGGUUGAUGUCCAGCACUACAUGGCACUCCUGUGCUUUAAAAAUGGCUCCCUCAUGAGAGAGAAGAUCCGUGAUGAGUCCGCUUCCUGUUCCUGGAGUGAUUUCUCCGAGGCACUGCGGUCCACGGAGAUGGGCAACGGCGGGAAUCUGGGUUUUUAUUUUGACGUAAUGGAGAUCACCCCUGAAAUUAUUGGGCGCCAUCGGUUUAGUGCAGAAAACCGACAGGUCUCAGCAUUCCCUAGGGCUGUGGAGAUCCGGGCACUGAUUGAAGGGCAGUUCAUGGCCAAGAGGAUCCAUGCCGAGGGCUUGGGCUACCGAGUCAUGCCCAAGACAAAGAUUUUGGCCACUGGAGGGGCAUCUCGCAACAGAGAAAUCUUACAGGUGCUUGCAGAUGUGUUUGGUGCCCCAGUGUAUGUCACAGACACUGCCAACUCGGCCUGUGUGGGCUCUGCAUACCGAGCUUUCCACGCUGGAACAGACGUGCCCUUUUCAGAGGUUGUGAAGUUAGCCCCAAAUCCCAGAUUAGCUGCUACCCCAACCCCAGGAGCUGCUCAGGUCUACGAGGCCCUUCUCCCGCAAUAUGCCGAGCUUGAGCAGAGAAUCCUGUCCCAGACCCGGGGGCCUCCAGAGUGAAUUCCUCAGGCCCAGGCACCCCUGUUAGCCCUGCCUGCCCAGGCUCACUGAUCCCACUUUGAGCCAUGCUCCUCCUGGACAGCAGGGAUCCUCUUCCCUGUCCUGAGUGACUCUGCCUGCCCACCUGACUCCUUGUGGUGCUCCAGCCCUGCCCGGGACCACCUGAAACCCACCUUAGCACAUCUUCCUGAACAUAAAUGGGCUGAUUCUGUGCCCUUGUGCCCGGGGCAGGAAAGCAUCUGUCUUUUCCUGUCCUUUAUCUUGGGAGGCAAGAUAAAACAGUGAGUCUGGGAUAUGUCCAGUAAAAAUUGUGACUUUGCCCCUUUCAAAUGCAGAAGUAAAGCUAAUAUAGGGACCUAAUCAGCAGAACAGGGGAGACAAAGCUAUCCCCCAUACCCCCACCCUAGCAACCUCUUCCCCAACUGACUCUUUGGCUACUUCUCCUCAAACUGUAACCCACAGCCACCUGCCCCCCGCCCCUACUGUGACCCUGUGGUCCAUCCUCCCUCCUCCAACGCUGACCCCCUCAGCUGCUUCCUCAUUUCAGUGUCUGAAGGGCUUCCUAGUGUUUUCCUUUCUUGUCUUCCCUGUGCUAACCCCUCCAUCAAGUUUUUGCCCUUCUCACCUCCCAGCUUCUGUCCCCUCAUCCUCUGUGAUCUCACCUCCCUCCCCAUGCCCACCUUAACUCAUUACCUCCCACCCAAAAAGCUUGACAGGGCUGAUGACCAAGCUUCCUGUCCUCUCCCAUCAGCUCUGCCCACAGGCUGCCUGACUCCCUGGCACACGAGACCACUUGCAGGGGCCCUCUCCCAGGUAGUACAGGGCAGCACCUCCCUCCCUCCAUCCCUUCCUUCAGGGAGCAUUUCUCUAAUUCUGGAUUUUGUUGAUUCUUUUUCCGGGGUGUCAUUUAACAUAUUCUCUAUCUUCUGUAUUUCCUAUAAAUUGGUGAUUGGAUCUAAUACAGAGCUCCUCAACCUCAGUACUAUUGACAUUUGGGGCUGGGUAAGUUUUGGUUGUGGGGGGGGCAGCAGGGUCACUGGCCUCGACCCACCAGAUACCAGUAGCACGCCCUCCCCAAGUCAUGAGAAUCCAAAAUGUCUCCAGGCAUUGCCACAUUAUCUCCUGGUGGGGAUGGGAAGGCAAAAUUGCCCCUGGUUCAUAACCACUGACCUAGAGGCUUGAUCUGAUGCACGUGGGAUUAUUUCCCUUUUUAUGUCAGACAAUUUCAUAAAAUGGUGUUGUGUUCUUCCAUUGGGAGGCCCAUAUGUCUGGUUUUAUCUCAUUUGGGGGAUGUUCAAUCCUAGCUCCAUUAGUUCACUAGGGAUACCGUUUUGUUAUUCCUCUUCAUUUAUUACCCGGGAUUCUUCUGUGUGAGAGACAUUCCCUGCCCAAUUACCCAAAAGAGCUAGGAGAGGCUGGAUAAAUACUUUCCUCUGUUUACCAGUUUUCAAAAUAAUGGGUUGAUUCCCAAGCAUCCUCUAACAGCAAGUAGGUUUUUAUUUCUAGUGUCAAUAUCAUACAUUUAAUAUAUUUUAUGUAUUUUAAUCCAUUACAGUAAUUAUUUCUGUCCUUGUCUUCUUUUUUGAUAGUCAUUCUUCCCAACUUUUCUCCUGCUUUCCUGAGCUUUCAUUCCUUCUUCUUUACUGAUAGUAAUGCUCUGUGUAGUCCUUAAUUAUUGCUGGUCCCCAAAUUUUUAUCCUCAUCUCUCUUUCUCUCCCAUUCUAUCCUCUCUUGUUGGAUAAUUUCGUCUCUUCUUGGGUUUCAACCACUGCUUCUAUGCCAGGAACACCCAGACCUAUGCUUUCAUCCAGAACUUUCCUUGGAGUCUAUUGGAAUUCUCAGAGGGGUACUUCAGACUCCACUUAUCUUCCCUUGCCCUUCCCCAAACCUCCUCUCGUGUUCCUGUUUCAGUGAACUGGCACCACCGUUCAUCCAUCCAUUCAUUGAAGAACCCAAACCUCAAAUGCAGAUGUCCUCUCCCUUUCCCAUGUCAGAUCAGUCACCAAGUGAGUUUGGUUAUUCCUUUGUUAACUCCUAAAGCAGUUCCUUUCUCUCCUUCCCUCCCGUUUUACUUUGGAUCCUUUUAUUCCUUGCUCAACAUAUCACAAAAGCCUACAAAUAAAGUCCUGUGUGAUCUGCU